CUUUAUUUGCAAAACUGUACACUUUAUUUGCAAAACUGCUCUUUACUGUUUCAUUUUUUGUCGUUUACUGGAAAACGGUUCUUCAACUUAUCACAUCCAGUCCCUACCAAGUUGCCGUCUUCGAACCGACGACGCCUGACCUUCGAGAAUCCGCCGGCCAUGCUUCCAGUACAGCCAUCCCCAGCCGAUCCCAUCUAGCGUAUGGUCACUGCCCAGAAACUUCAAAAGAUUUUGAACCCAAAAUGCCAUGCUUUCCGUAUUCCCCGUCCCCUCAUGCUCUUACCCCAAAUUCCGCGAUCGUGCAUCGCCGCUUCAAUCUCCUCCCGUCCCCUCAUCUCUCCGAUCUACUCCACGAUGUGACGAGCUCUGCACACCUACUCCAGCACGCCACCUCUUUUCAAGAUUGCCACGGGAAGACUCAUAUUCUCUCCAUCGAUCUCCACACGCCACAGCCCAUGCUUUCUGUAGUCCUCGCCUUAUUCCUUUGUAUUAGAAGAGCCUUCUCUUCUCUGGUGAAACUCGACCACCACCAGCAGAUGAAAUUCCAUUCCACACCAUCGACUAUUUCCAGACUCAUACUCUCUGUAUCCAGUCUGAAGAAUCAUUGCCGCCAUAAAGAGAGGACUGAGAAGACUGCUUUAAUGCCAAAUGAGGUCGUCGGGUUCGACUGAAGGAAUAUGGGAAGUGAAGAUUCGAUUGGAAUGAGGGGAAUGAGAGCAGGCGACGUUUGGUUCGAAGUGUUGGGGUCAAUAUGGGAUUGAAGGAGCCGGGCGUGGAUUUGUUAGGGGUUAGUUCCCCACUUUUGCCUCUUCUUCCUUCUACUCUUCUAUUUUCUUUCUUUUUACUUAAUCCCGUGACCAAACGAAUUUCCUAUGGGCAAGGUUGAGAAGGCAGUGGAGGUGCCUGUGCUGUGGACAACGAGUAGUGGAAGAAGGUAGGUGUGCGGAUGAGGCAAGGAGAAGAAUGAUGGGUUAGUUCUCAGCUUUCUUUCUUUCUUUCUUCUCUCAUGUGUGCUCCAGAAUUCUGAUAUUGGGUUUGAAUCUGAUAACUAAACACCUGUUUUUUCUAUUAAAAUGGUGGCUACUUUAUUCUGAGAACAAAUUGGCUUUCUGCAGGUUGGCUAAGAGUUUUUUUUUUUGUGAAGUUUGCACGCAAAAAGACGUUGAAGAUGUAUGAUUUGAGCAUUCUUAAACGGCUCCGCCGGAGUUCAUGACAGUGGGGAAGAAGACUGCUGCAGGGAGUGUGGAUUUCAUGCAGGUUUUGGGUUGGACCGAUCAGCAGUUCUUUAGGACUUCAGAGAGUGUUUAGGAGGUCUGCAAGAUGCUCGAAGAGACUCGGUCCAUUUCAUACUCCGGUAUGGCUCAGCCUCUCCAUUUUCUGUUUUUAAAUUGAUAGAAUGUUGUGGUUUCCAGCAACCAAGCAGUAGGAGCGAAGUGGUGCCUCGCCAGGAAGGAUAACUCAAAUCUUUACACCCAACUAAAAACCACUUGCACUGGCUUGUGGCUGGCACUUGGAGAUGCUACACCAGUUUAUGUCUGCGUCUGGUCCAUUCUUGGAUCUAAUCACAAUAUUCAUAUUCACUUGCGUGAUCUAAUCACAAUAUUCAUAUUCACUUGCGUGCCCUGGCAGUUAGUUUCUUUGCUUUUUGUCUCCAGAUAAUCAUCCAAUCUGGGUAUUUGCUUUCUUCAAUUUAACAUUGCUCCUUAUUAAUCCUUUCAGUCAAAAUUCUUGAGGUCUGAAUUUUAACUGGGAUACUUAAUCGAAGCUUACUGCUCAAGAUCAGAGCAACAAGUAUGACAACACGGUGAGAGUGGAACAGUUUUAAGCUUGAGUAUGUAUUUGACGGCCACUUUAAAAUCAACUAACCUAAGCUAGCUACUACUGCUAAUCCUUGCUUUGUCUCUCUCUUUCUGGAUUCCAUGGCAACUUUGAAUUUGCCUGCAUAUGGUAUGGUCUUAGAUACAUAUAUGGACUGUUCAAGAAGAGCAUUGCCAAGGAGGGACAACCUGAUUCCAUGCAGGUGCAGACACUCGAAUACACAGUUCAAACUUUGGCACUGCCAUCAAUGCAUUUUUUGACCUGUUAUAUUUUGUCAUUUGUGAAGAAAUUCUGUCACCGAAUACAAGAAGUCCUGCACCCAUAGAAAGCAUUACAAGUUCUAAGAAUCAUACAUUCUGCCUUCUGCGUACUUGACAAUCAAUCGGUUAUACUAUAGUCAUGUGUUAUUGACUAGGGAUUGUGUGUGUAUACCCUCUGUGUUUGCUUAACUUACAACCUAGCAUAUUGAAUUUCAUUUCUGUCCCAUUUUUAUCUUACAAGGUGUUGUCUCUUUUUGUUUUUGUUUUUGGGAACACUUAAUGCGUUGUUCUUAAGAGGAUGAUGUUGUUCUGUAGGAAACUAUAUGCUUCUUUGGAACAUUAAUCAAGACUUUGUACACUACUUGAUAUCUUGGAAUUCUGUGGGUUGUUUGUGUGAUUCAAAUGAAAGGUUCAGUGAAGCUCUGGAAAGUUUAGUUAAUAAGUUGGGAGAGGAUUUUGUGGCUGAUAAUGUAACAAUAGCCAGUUAUCUUUUUUCUGUAUCAGGUUGUGUUUGAGUAAAGGCGAGACUUUUAGGUUCUGAACACAACCUCUUUGUGGCAGCAUGAUGGUUGGAUUUCUUUCUGAUCAGAACCUGUGCAUAUUUGAGUCUUACAUUACAUGCAAUGUCAGAAGUAGCCUUCUUACUAACGGUGUUACAGCUUUCAUGUCAUACAAUUUCAACAGUUAAAGCAGAAGCACAGGUUCAGACAUUCAUUUCGCAACUGUUGGAGAGAAGAAAGAGAGCUUUAGAUUUUCCUAUCUUAAUUGGUAGUUUUCCUUUUUUACUAGACCAGAUAGUGGUUUAUUGCUUGCUUCGAAGUUCUGGUAUUGCCUUCUCCCAUCACUGAUUCUGUUUUUCCCGGUAUGAAUGAAAUGCAAAAGAAAAAGUAGAAGGAAUUAAGGAAAGAUGAAUAGUUUUGGCGGUCUGGGGUAUGGAACUGAAAGUUGGGAUGGGGUUUUGAUGUGGGUAUACUUUCUAUUACAGAAUGUAUGCAUGCUUUGAAAGAUAAAGUGCUAGCUGAUGAACUACCUGAAAUUUAUAAAAUGGCCCACAAUUCUCCAUUAGCCAAUCUAUCUUUCAUGUCGAAUAUUGGUUGAUCAUUGUGUGUAUUAGUUAUUACUUUGCCCCCGCCCCUGUAGCAAGGUAUUUCUUGGGCAUAGCUUCAGUAUAGAAUUUCAAAAGCUAAGGAAGAGUUUACAUGCAGUUUAAGUUAACUCUGCAGACGUAUGUUCAGUAGAAAAUCAUUAUGAUUUUAAGUUGUCUUGCAUAUAUAAUAAGGAUGUCUAAGUUUUUAAACAAUAAAUCAAGGUUCUAAAAGGCGCUAGGCGUAAGGCAAACGCUCAGCUCCUGACUUGCGCCUUGUCCGAUUAGGCGUAGCCUAGGCGCGGCUAGGCGUUCAGAGCAUAAAUGGAAAAAAUUCUCAAAUAUUUCAUGUUUUAUGGAAUAAUUCAUAUAAUCCAAGUGCAUAUAAAAUUAGCAAUGCCUAGUUCUUAACAGUAAAACACUUAACAUAACAAAUAACAAGCAAAUAGUGACCAAUCAUCUGCUAAUAGGUGCUUAUAGAGGCAAGAAGCUUGUGCUACGUACCGAGGAGAAGGAAGGAGCAGCAAUGACGAGUUUCGACUUUAUUUCCCACUAUAGCAGCGGAGCGGUGUGAAGGCGAGAAGAGUGAUCGAUGACUUUCUCCUGCGGCGGCAGAGAGCAGCAAAUGGGGCGAGAGCUAGGGCGGAAGGCGGUAGCAGAUGGGGCGAGAGCUAGGGCGGCAGCAGAUGUUACUUCCCGUGUUUCUGAUUUUCUAGGGCAAAAGGCAAUUUUCUGAUUUUCUAGGACAAAAGGAAGAGUAUUGGGUUUAACCGCCUAAGCUCGCCCAGGCACACCUUCUCUCCACUAGGCGCAAACUAAGCGUUAUUCCUACCUACUAAGCGCUACCAACGCUUUUUACAACGCCUAUGACCAAGUCAAGGCGAUCCUCCACCGCCUAGCGCCUAAUUAGCCUAGGCGUGCGCCUAGGCGCGCCUUCUUGAACCCUGCAAUAAAUACGGAAGUUGAUU